GCUUCGAAAUUAAAAGCCCGGUAUACCUAGUUCGAAGCAGGCCAUGGCUCUCACCUUCAGGGCUCCAUUAUCCAUCACCCAUCCUUAUUCUCUCUCUUCGUCUUCUCUUUCUUUUUCUCACUCUACUGGUUUUCGUCUUCUCUCUGCAUCAAAUACCCCAUCCUUUCUUUCUUUUCCCUCUUUAAAACCCUACAAAAAGACUCCAAUCUCUCCUCCCAACUCCAUCAACUGUUAUCACUCUCCAACGCCAAACCUCGAAUCUCUUACUCUAACACCUCACGGGAAAAAGCAACAAAAUUCCCUAUCAUCUGCCACAAACCCCGCCCCGAAAACCCUAAAAGCCCGGCUCGCAGCUGGUGAGCAACUCUAUGGCAUCUUCCUCAUGAGCUUCUCUCCGAUUCUUGCUGAAAUUGCAGGCUUCUCGGGCUACGAUUUUGCGGUCAUUGACUUGGAGCAUGGCUAUGGUGGUAUCUCCUCUGCCCUACCAAUUCUUCAAGCGCUAGCUUCCUCUGCAACUCCGGCUAUUAUCCGAAUUCCUGAAUCCUCUCAAACUUGGGCGAAGAAAGCCCUAGAUGUGGGCCCUCAAGGCAUAAUGUUCCCCAUGAUCGAGUCCCCUAAAGCUGCGAAAAAAGCAGUCUCUUACUGUAAAUAUCCACCAAAAGGGGUUCGAGGGGCUGCCCACCCUGUAAUUAGGGCGUCAAAGUAUGGGAUCCAAGAAGAUUACCUUGACAUAUAUGAGGAUGAAUUGCUCAUAAUGUGUCAAGUCGAGAGCGAAGAGGGAGUGAAGAAGAUCGACGAGAUUGGAAUGGUUGAUGGAGUUGAUUGCAUUCAAAUGGGGCCAUUGGAUUUGAGCGCAAGCGUUGGUUCUUUGAGAGAUCCUGGUUCUGAGAAGGCCCGAGAGGUUUUGUUUAAGGCUGAGAAAGGGGUUUUGGGGUUGAAAGGUGGGUCUUAUUUGGCAGGUUUCGCUACAGGUUUUGAUGGGGCUGAGGAUUUGCAGAGAAGGGGUUAUCGUAUGGUUUCGGGGGCUGUUGAUUUGGCCUUGUUUAGGAGUGCGGCUUGUGAAGAUGUUCGGAGGAAUAAGAAGAGUAAGAGGGAUGAUGGGGAGAGUGAUGGAGAAAGGGGUGAGAAGCCAAAGGAUGAGAAAUAUUGGAGUGAAUAACAGGGGGGCUAUUGAUUUGCUCUUGUUUAAGAGUGUGGCUUGUGAAGAUGUUAGGAUGAAUAAGAAGAGUAAGAAGGAUGAUGAUGGGAGUGAUGGAGAAGGGGGUGAGAAGGCAAAGGAUGGGAAGUAUUGGACUGAAUAACAGGCGUGUAAAUGGGAGUUGUGGAGGCUUUUGUUUCUGUCAACUUGGAGGAUGGUGUUCAUGAAAGGCAUGCUGUUGCUUAUUAUUUCUGUACUUCUGUUUUUAAUUUAGUUGAAUGUCUAAGCUCUCUCCCUCCCUCUGUUUUCUCAAUGGAUUCACCUUUGUUAUCUCAGAUGUUGGUUCAUGGCAGCUAUGUUAUUUAAUGCAAGUCUCAUUGGCUUUUCUUACC